AGCCGCUCAGUCCUUUGCCACCCCGCCGCCCGCUGCCUGGGCCAGGCCGAGGAUGCGGCGCAGAGCCUCGGCGGCCAGGCUCGCUCCCCUUCGGCCCGCUUGCUAACUUCCCUGGCUCGGUCCCUGUCCACUAACCGGACCGCCCCGUCUCCCCGCGCUCUCCGGGUCGGGUCCUCCAGGCGCGCCGGGCGCUGCCGCUGUGUGCCCCUCGCUGCAGGCCUGAGCGCCCGCGCUCCCCUCCCCGCGCCCCGCGCCCGCGCCCGCGCCCGGUCCUCGCCCGGCCAUGCUGCCCCUCUGCCUCGUGGCCGCGCUGCUCCUGGCCUCCGGGCCCCGGCCGAGCCUGGGCGACGAAGCCAUCCACUGCCCGCCCUGCUCCGAGGAGAAGCUGGCGCGCUGCCGCCCCCCUGUGGGCUGCGAGGAGCUGGUGCGGGAGCCGGGCUGCGGCUGUUGCGCCACUUGCGCCCUGGGCAAGGGGAUGCCCUGCGGGGUGUACACCCCCCGCUGCGGCUCCGGCCUGCGCUGCUACCCGCCUCGUGGGGUGGAGAAGCCCCUGCACACGCUGAUGCAUGGGCAGGGCGUGUGCAUGGAGCUGGCGGAGAUCGAGGCCAUCCAGGAAAGCCUGCAGCCCUCCGACAAGGAUGAGAGUGACCAUCCCAACAACAGCUUCAGCCCUUGCAGUGCCCAUGACCGCAGGUGCCUGCAGAAGCACUUCGCCAAAAUUCGAGACCGGAACACAAAUGGGGGCAAGAUGAAAAUCACUGGGGUUCUUCGGGAGGACGCCCGACCCGUGCCCCAGGGCUCUUGCCAGAGUGAGCUGCACCGGGCCCUGGAGCGGCUGGCCGCCUCACAGAGCCGCACCCACGAGGACCUCUACAUCAUCCCCAUCCCCAACUGCGACCGCAACGGCAACUUCCACCCCAAGCAGUGCCACCCGGCCCUGGAUGGGCAGCGCGGCAAGUGCUGGUGUGUGGACCGGAAGACGGGGGUGAAGCUUCCGGGGGGCCUGGAGCCGAAGGGGGAGCUGGACUGCCACCAGUUGGCUGACAGCUUCCGCAAGUGAGCCCUGCCAACAGGCAGGGAGCUCAGUGCCUCCUGCUACCCCUGUCCCCUGGAGGCUGCAGAGCUGACUCGGAGCAUGGGUCUGAGUCCUGGCUCUGCUUCUGGCCCAGAAAUUUUCCCUUGGGGUAUGUGUAUGUGUGUGCAUGUGUGUGUUUAUGGGCAUGAGUGUGCCUUUGGGGUGAGCCAGAGCCAGGGUGUGUCCUAUUUGGGCUUAGAUAGCCUGAGAGGUCUGAGAGUGGCAAUGAGGAGCCCUGUUGUGCUUCCAGAUUGAUCCUGCAUUCAUUCAUUCAUUCAUUCAGCCAGCCAUCCAGCCAGCCAUUUAAAACAUUUAUUGACCACAUAUUAUGUGCCAGCUCUAGUUUUUGGUCCUAGGGACUCUUGUUCUGGUUUCCUCUGAUUUUGGCAUGUGGGAGCUGCUCCUAUAAGACGAGUGCAGGCCUCUGGGAGGAAACUCAUUCCCAGAGUCAGCAGAGAAGAGUAAACAUGUACCUUGACCACUGCUUCUCCUCUAGUCAGAGGGCAGGGGCUGUAGGGGUGGCAGAUGGUUCAACAGUUAUGAGACCCAGACCUACUCCCAAAGCCAAGGCUUGCUAGGCUCCCCUCUCUACUUCCCCAGGUCCCUCUGGGAGGAAGGACCUGCAGAGAUAAGCCCACCUUUGGGUCAGGGUGGGGUGCCAGAUGGUUGCUUGGCAGCUGAGACCCUGGGGAGAAGGAGGGAAGAGGGCCAGAAGAAGACCUGCAGGACAGACGGCUGGAGAGAUGGGCCUCAUCUCUGAGCAUUCAGGGUCAGAGGAAAGAAUGCAAGCUCAGAUUGAAUGUGCCUGAUGAAGUAGAGGUCCCACAAACCUGGGGGGUGCGGGGACUUGCCUGGGGUCCUGCUCCUUACCCCAUUUGUGGUCACAGCCACAGAGUCCCAGGAUGACCCCAUACUCCCCGUGGCUCCCCACCUGCGGUUCUGCCUCCCUUCCACACCUCCUUCUCCUACACCUCCCUCCCUAUCUCCCUGGCACCCUGGACAUUUUCUGGCUUGAUUGGAUGGAAGGAGACUUAAGGACCUUCCAGUAGGACAUGAUGUCCUUUUUUUUUUUUUUUUUUUUUUAACAAAACAGAACGAAACCAAAAAAUAUGUAGACAACUGUGUUUCGUUGAUUUAUUUAAAAUUAAGAGACGAGGAUGCGCCAGGGGCGAAGAGUAGGAGGCAGAUUUGGGGAGGUGGGCACUCUGUGUCCCCCGACUUGCUCUGCAUGGUAAAAGGACUGCAAAGGGCCCUUGAAUUCACCCUCAUCUUCCUAUGCAACCUCUUCCCAGGGGGCACCCCAUCUCCAACAACUGUGCUGUCUGUGCUCAGACUGCUGGUGGGCAAACAAUGAGUAGAGAGAAAAAAAGGGGGCAGAUUUUGGGAGGUGGGAAGAGUG